AUGGUGUUUGAGGCUUUGGUAGUGGAGUUAUUAAAUAAAAUUUUAAAACAGUAUAUUCAAAAUUUGGAUACUUCUCAGCUUAAAAUAGGUAUAUGGGGAGGUGAUGUAGUUUUGAAUAAUUUAAAAAUCAAAACCACACUUUUUGAUGACUUAGGCUUACCUAUAAAAGUGAAAUGGGGAAUAUUAGGAAAAUUUUCUAUGAAAAUUCCUUGGAAAAAUGUGUAUUCAUCUAAUGUUGUGGUGGAGAUUGAAGAAUUGUUAAUGAUAAUAGUUCCAUUUAAUGAAUAUAAAUAUGACCCUGUUAAAGAAGAAAAAUGGGCAAAUGAUAGAAAACAGGCAAAACUCAGAGCUGUUGAAGAAGCUAGAAAACGUGAAUUAGAAAAUGAUUCAGUUAAUCAAAAUGAUGGAUUUAUGGAAAAAUUGUUAACACAAAUUGUUAAAAAUUUACAAAUUAUAAUUCGAAAUAUUCAUAUAAGAUAUGAAGACCAAACUACUAAUCCAAGUUUUCCUUUUAGUAUUGGUUUGACAAUGUCAGAUUUGUCAGUUACAACUUGUAUUGAUCCGAGAAAAUUUUUAUUACAGAAAAUUCACUUAGAUGGAUUUGCUAUAUAUUGGAAUACAAACUCUGAUAUGUUUUCUGAUUAUGGUGAUAUUGAUUUAAUCAAUGCUCUACUUGACAGUAUCCCAAAAAAUAAUUACAAACCAGAAGGAUAUUUUUAUGUUUUUGGACCAUUGUCCGCAUCCGCCUCUUUACAGUUAAAUCCAAGGCCAGAAAUAGAUGGAUCUGAUUUUCAAAUUCCAAAACUUUUGGCAAAGAUACACUUAAAAGAAAUUGAUUUAGCAUUAAACCACAGGCAGUUUAACGAUGCAUUGAUUUAUGCGCAAAAUUAUCAGAGACUCUCUGCUGGUGCAAAAUAUAGAAAGUACAGGCCGGUAGGGAUUACUGUCAUAGGGCAUGCUAAAGAAUGGUGGAUGUUUGCCUACAAUGGUGUUGCGGAAGAUAUAAGACGCCGAAAGCGCGAAUGGUCAUGGGUUUACAUUCAGAAACAUAGAAUGAUGUGCCGAAAAUAUUCUAGUUUGUAUGAAUUGAAGCUGAAUUCUAAAAAAAUUUCAUUAUCUAUUGCCGAAGAAUUACAAAAUUUGGAAAGAGAAUUGAACCUUUUUAAUAUACUUUUAUUAAGAGAACAGGCUUAUGUACAAAUAGCAAGAAGUAAUAUAGAAAAAAGUAGUAGUAAAACCUCAGAAAACAGUGGUUGGUUUUCUGGUUGGUUUGGAUAUAAUUCAAAUAUAAAAUCUAAUGUUCAUGAAAAUGACCUAGUUAAAAAAUUUGAAAGUGUCAUGACAUCAAAUGAAAAAGCAAAAUUGUACAAAGCUAUUGGAUAUAAUGAAAGUGAUCCUCUUCCUAAUUACCCAGCAGAGUAUGUUGAAAUUGAAUUUUUAUUUCAACUUGAUGAAAUCAAGGCGACCGUUUCGGAACAACAAUUUCCUUCUUGUUUUCAACUAAUGUCCUUUUCUUUAAAAACUAUAAAUAUGAGAUUUGAGCGGAGACCAUCUGCGUACGGAAUGAAAUUUGAAAUGUCCAUUGGAAAAUUAGAAGCUUUAGGAAUACAGAAUGAAAAUGAUAAAACAUUUCCGAGAUUGAUUAAGUCAAAUUGUGAGGAAUCGGAAAAUUUGGUUGACAUUCUAUACGAGUCCAAACCCCUUAAUGGUGAUUGUGACCAAAGAAUACACGUGAAUGCACUUCCUUUAAAAAUAGUGUACCACGCUGACACUAUAAAUUCUGUUCGAGAUGUUUUUUUUAAUUUAAUCGGAGACGAAUUACAAAAUGUUGUUACAGUGCCAACUUUGCCGGCUUUUCGAAGAAUAACUGCAAUGGGUCUUCAAUAUGCUAUAGAAAAAAGAACCAUUUUUGAAGUAAAAAUUAAUAUAAUGUCUUCUUACUUAAUAAUCCCUUAUGGAGGUUAUUAUACCAAAAAUAAAGAAAUGUUGGUGAUUAUGUUUGGAAAAUUAAAUAUUGAAACGGAAAAAACGGAAAAGCAAAGUGUUAGUGUUCAAAAAUUAUACCUUAAAGGAAAUACAGAGCAAGAAAUAUUUUCCACCGUUUUGUCCGCAAGUUACACUAAUUUUAAAUGCAAAUUAGUUGGUGUUCAGAUUCUUCUUCAAUUAGCUGGUGAAGAUUGGAUGGAAGCAUCUAACAUUAGCGAAAAAUCUCCAAUGCGUUUUUUAGAAACUUCUGAUUUGGUUUUUAUAAUUAAAAAGUCACUGGUUACCGACGAUCCUACCAUACCGAAAAUAAUAUGCGAAGGUCAAUUACCAUCUUUAAUUUUUAACUUUUCUGAAGAUCGUUUUGUAGCUUUUGCCGAAUUAAUAUUUUCCAUUCCCAUGAAAAAAAAAGAGGAUGAAAUUCCCUUAAAGAUAUCAACAGCUGUAAGCGCAUGGUCUCUGCAUUCUUUUACUGCCCAAUUUGAAAAUAAAUUUGCGAAUAUCGCUGAAAGGCUUCCGAUUUCAAAUUCAAUUUAUGAGCAAGGAAUUGAUUUUUUUCUAAAUUUUGAAAUGAAAGAACUAUUGAUUAUUGUCUACAAAAACAAACAAACGUUAGCAUCGAAAUAUAAAACAAGCCCAAAAUCGAAAGAAGCUGAAGAUAAAUUUUUACAAUUACGUGUAGUGAAAUUGGAAACGGAAUUAACGUGUAAAACAUUUGAAAUAAUUAGCAACCUUAAAUUGGGCGGAAUAGAAUUUCAUCAGUAUUGUAGAAAUCAAGUAGUUCCCUUUGUUACUACUAAAGUUUUACAAAAUGAUUCUUAUUUUUUCGAAUCGGAGCACACUAAUGUAAGCACAAUGGCUCCAAAUUUCCGAACCGAAAGAGAAUCCAUUGUGAAUCGUAUAGAAUUACAUAUAUCUCCCAUAAAUGUUGUUUUUCACAAAGAAGCACUUUUAGAUCAAUUAUGGUUUUUUAAUCAUAUUAAAAAUCGUUUGAAUGCAGUUCAAGAAAAUUGUGGUCAUUUCAAAAUGGCGGAUUCUGGUAAACCUAAAGAAACAAAUACUUAUUUACCAUCUGAAAAUUUCUCCGAAGGAAAAACAUUGAACAAAGGGAAAAAAUUUAGAAAAAAACUUCCAAAAAAAGAAAUAAUCGAUUUUUUUUUGAUUGCGAAACUGGAAGAAAUAAAUUUAUUGGUUGAAUCUAAGAAUCAGAGAUUAGCCAAAUUUUCUAUUAGAGAAGGAAGUUUUGACGUAACGACUCAAAAAUCGUACACAAACGUUGAUUUUAAACUCUGCGAAAUAAUUCUUAAAGAUUUAAAUCCCGAAACAAUACACACAAAAAUUGUAGAGUCAUUAGAGAAACAGACAUUUUUUACACGCAUCACUAUUUUUAAUAGUGAAUAUUAUGGUCAAAAUGAUUGUGUCGACAUGUCAUUGGAAGCUGAGUUUGGUGGUCUUCGAUGUAUUUUCUUACACGUAUUCUUUUUAAGAAUUCAGAAUUUUUUAUUAAAUUUUCAAAAACAGUUUGAAAGACUAAAGGAAGGUGCUGCUGUUGCUGCACAACGAGCAAAAGAAAAUGUAAUGAAAGCAUAUCAAAAUUCUUUAAAAAUUUUUUUUGAUGUUAAAAUAACAGCACCUUUUAUCGUGAUACCCAUUACAUCGCAAAGCGUUGAAGCCUUGGUAAUCGAUUUAGGGGUUUUAACCCUUAAAAAUCAAAUUGCGGAACUUAAUUAUCCUCAGGAAGAAGAUGUAAGCAAGAGACCCAUUAUUGACAACAUGCGUUUUCAAUUACAAAAUUUAAAAUUUUCUCGUUGCAUUCUUGAUGUAGAUUCACUCAAAGUGUUUAAUGAAAAAAUUUUCCUCACGCCCGUUUCAUUUGAAUUAUCAAUAAAAAGAAAUUUGUCUACUUCGUGGUUUAAAGUUGUACCCGAAUUCGAAAUUUUAGCUCGUUUAGCUUCCAUUAAGGUUUCAUUAUCUCACGAUGAUUUAUGUAAUAUUGUCGACACAUUGACAAAUAACAUGAACGAAGGAUCGAUUAAAAAUUUAAGAGAAAACGUCAAAGUCAAAAGGUCUUUAAUUUCGGAAGGUUUACCAAAAGAACGUGGAGUAGCUUGGGAAGAAGAAGAAGAAGUAAGCGAAAUUAUAACAGUAACCGAAGAAAGCACUAAUUUUUAUACUGUUGUCAAAUUUGUAUUUUUCAUGGAUAGUUUCAUUUUUGACGCUUUGACCAGUGAUUGUGAUAAGUUGCAGUAUGCUUAUACUAGUUGUCCGGAAAGUGGUAAAAACAUUGGGCUCGCAAGAUUUGUUUUGGAAACUAUUUCACUAAAAGGAAAAAUGUUUUCAAAUGGAUCUGUCGAUACCUCUUUGUUGUUAGUUAGCUGCGUAUUGGACGACACGAGACCCGGCAAUAAGGAUAGAUUAACAAGACUUAUGGAAAGUUCGGAAUCUAAUAUGGACAUCCGUGCAAAUAAAAGUAUGGUAGAAAUAUCUUACAAAAGUAAAGGAAAUGAUUCUUUUGUUGAUAUGAGAGUAUUUAAAUUUACAUUGAUAUUGUCUAUGGAUUUUUUGCAUAAACUCAAAGAAUUUUUCACAAUUAAUACUUCUGAUAAAGUGAAUGAUAAUGAAGGAUACGAGCCUUCGAGUACAAUAAAAAAUAUUGAAAAUAAAGCGAGGCUUUUGAUGGAGGAAGGACACGAACGACCUCCUACUUUUACAAUAAAUCUUAAAGUCGAAAAACCUGAUAUUAUAAUUGUUGAAAAUAUGGAUUCGAUUGACACGGAAGCAUUAAUAUUUCAUACUGAAAUAGUUUUAAAAUAUAGAUUUGCAGGAAUCAGACAAAUAAUUGCGGGUACUUUAGGUGAUAUAGAGUUAUAUUCUUGUUGUUUCAACCCUAAAAAAAGACGCAACACCUUGUCUCAGGUUAUACGACCGUUUACAGUAAGUGUGGCAGGUUCGACUCCACUCGGCCAAGGCCUUCAUAUUGAUAUAUUUUUAACUGAGAUUUUAAUAAGCGUGAAUCCAGCCACAGUUGAACUUAUGUUAAAAUGUUAUGAAGUUUUAUUUUUGGAUUCUUCUUUAAUUAAAAAUAAAUUGGAAGAAAAAGAUUUUUCAGAUUUAUGGGAACCGGAUUCUUUUGACGUUGAUGAUUUUUGGUUUCUCAAAAUUGAGCAAGGAGAAGAUGCUUUGUAUUCUUUUUCAAAGGUUUCACCGACAUUUUUUCAAGAUAAAAAAGAACUUGAUGAAAUCUGUUUGUUGGCCAUUCCUUCGAUUAUUAUUUUAGUCGAGGGAAUAGCAGCCAAACAGUUUUCCCCUAUGCUGCUUUUAAAGAUGGGAUUUCAAUUAGAAUGCAAUAAUUGGAGUUCAAAGCUUUCCAUCAACAGUACGCUGUCUUUAGAAUUUCAGUAUUACAAUAAAGUUUUAACAGCUUGGGAACCAUUGAUCGAACCUGUUGAAAUAUUAGAAAAUAAAGAAAAAAAAAAAAAACAUUCUUACGUACCUUGGGAAAUUAAUUUUUCAGUGGCAUUGGGUGAAGAUGCUUAUCUUGAAGCUGUGGAACCUCCAAAAAUGACCAUUAAAUAUACAGAUUUACCGCCAUUCAUCGUGAGAAAUGAAACUGAACUUAUUAUUGAACUUCUUUUGGAUGAAUCCGAUUUUGGAGUUAGUGAUGAUAAUGAAUAUACCUCUGUUAAAUUGGAAUCAAAUAGUGAAGUCGAACUUCAAACAAAAUCUUCGAAAAUAUCCGAAUUCAAAAAAAUAUGUCUUUUAGAUGGAAAAAGUGGAUUGCGGUUGCAUGCUAAGUUUCCUAUCGUUGAUUCAAAAACUUUCGAGAUUCCUUUAAAUAUUGCUUCAAAAAGAUAUUACUCUAUUCCAAUUGAAAAUGAGGAAAAAAAAAAUGUUUUGAGUUUGGUUGCGGAUCUCAAGAUUCAAGAUGUCACAGCAACUUUGACUCUACGAAGUAACGUUAAAAUAUUUAAUUUUUUCAACGAGCCGAUUCAUAUACAUUCAUUAACCGAAGACAAAAAUGAAGCUGUUUACAUUGGUGUAGUAGAAGGGAAUUCUGAACUUAGCUUGCCUUUCCACGUUGUACAAAAUAAGGAUAAAAAACUGUUUUUUAGUGCCGAUGGGUAUCGUUUAUCGAGUCGUCCUUUCUCUUGGGAAAAUAUUGAAAAACAGACUCCCACGAGUGUGCUUCUUCAAUGCAAUGCAAAAACUCCAGAAAAUAAUGAUCCAUUUUUUAUUAAAGCUGUCGGAGAGAUGGAAGAAAUUUAUUUAGCAAAUACAAAUAGAAAAACCGAUUCGAGCAUUAAUUAUUCAAUUUUUUUACAACCUACAAUAAAAAUUUUAAAUUGUUUACCAGUGGAUUUAGUUAUUUGCUUUCAAGGAAGUGCUAAAGAGCAUUAUUUGCGACCAGGAAAUAUUUUACAAAUAACUUGUGCAGAACCUGGAAAUUCAGUCAUAACUCUCAGGAUUAACGAUUAUUUAGAAAAAGAAUGGUCGACCAAGGAAGCGAUCCUUGAUAAUCCGCCCGAGUUUUCUAUAUGGAAAUUCGUUUCAUACAAUGGAUUAUCUCCGGAAAAUAUUAAUUUAGGAGUUCAUUGCACUUAUAAUCAAAACACUGCCAUAUAUUCUGUUUAUUCUCCUUAUUUCAUGGUCAAUAAAACCGGACAUUUACUAUCUUAUCGCUUUGAUGGUAGCCAAACAGUUUUUCAUCAUCCUGAAAAUAUGAAAAUACCUGUUAUGUUUUCUCCUACUUUCAAAAAGUUUUUUUCUAAAAAAUCAGCGUUUGUUAAAAUAAAUCACAGUCAUUGGUCAGAAAAGUUUCCCGUUGACGUUGCCGGAAGUGGAGGAACAAUAAAAUGUGUGGAUACCCAUUCGAAUAUGGUUUAUCACAUAUCAGUAAGCAUAUCACUGACGUCUAACAGCUUGACUAAAAUCGUUACAUUUACACCCUAUUAUGUUUUUAUCAACGAAACUAAAUAUACAUUAGAAUAUCGUGAAAUAGAAAGUUCAGACAAGUCUUGGACGGAAAUACCCGACAAUUCGUGUUUUCCAUUUUGGCCGAAAGCACGUGAACAUUCAAAAAUUAUUCAAAUAAGGCCUAAAGAUUCUGACGCUGUUUCCCCACCUUUUGAUUAUUCAGGUGCGGAUGUCUGCCUUUUAAAAUUGAAGCACAAGUUGGGUGGGAUUUUUGCUAAUAUUGAAGCGACUCAAUAUGGUACCUAUAUAACGUUUACUUCGUAUGAAGAUGGCCAUGCUCCAGUUCUAAUAAUUAACUAUUCAAAUACUCCAAUAAAUUUGAUGGAGGUAAACACAGAUUAUCACAUCACUUUGGAACCUAAUCAUAAAAUAUUCCACGCUUGGAUAUCUCCCACUGGAAAGAGAAAAAUUUCCGUUACUAAUCUAAAACAAAAAAACAAUGAGAUAGAUCUUGGUCAGGACAAUAGAGGGGAAAUUGUAACAAAAGAUGAACAAAUCGUACAUUAUUUAACUUUUAUGGAUGGUAUUCAAAGGAUAUUACUUUUUAAUUGCGAUGUCGGACUCUCAAGUAGUAUAUCAAAUAUUUUGAACACAUCUACCGGAUUAGAACUAAUUUGCGAAUUCCAAGGUAUUGGCAUUUCGGUUGUAAAUAAUAUUAACCUCACAGAAAUUCUUUAUAUUUCACUUUUAAGUUCCGGCGUUAUUUGGGAAGUUAAAAAAGUUAACAAAACUCGGUAUAAGCCGAUAAAAGAAGAUGAUUCGGAAAAAAUAGAAUUAGCUUUUGGAAAAUAUCAUAGUGACGUUGAAAUCAAUACUAAAAUGUCAUCUGUUAUGAAGGUCACUGAUAAAAUAAAGGUGGAUUUUGAAACGAUGCAAAUGCUCGAACCUCAUAAAAGAGAAUUGAGAAGAACGUUUAAACCUGGUCUUUGGAUAGCAUAUCGUGUUAUGGAAGAUCAAAUUAUGAUAAAUUUAAAAAUAAACAAAAUUCAAAUUGACAAUCAACUACAAGAUUUUAUUUUCCCAGUCAUUCUUAGCCCGGUACCACCUCCUAAAACCGUAUCUACCUUGUAUCAAGAUAUUAAGCCUUUUUUUGAAUUAUCUAUAGUUAAAAAGGCGGCCGAUAGUUCUGGAGUUGAACAGUAUAAAUAUUUUGAAAUUCUUGUUCAGGAAUUCACUAUUAAAAUUGAUAUUGGAUUCCUUCAACAAUUUUGGUUAUUUUUAGCUCCUGAAAAGAUAUCCGAUGAAGAGCAAAAAAUUCGUUUUUUGCGUGAUUUGAAUCAAAUUGUAAAACCUUUAAUUGACCACGUUGAAGUGAUUUCAUCAAGCGAGCAAAAAAAUUAUUAUGAAUUCCUUCAUUUGUCACCUGUAAAGAUUCAUUUUAGUUUUUCUUUAGCGGGAACCAUAGACUCAGGAUCUUUACCUCCAUUUUUUAAUGUUAUGUUUCAAAGUGUUGGCGUGACAUUAACGGAUGUCCAUGAUGUCAUUUUCAGGUUAUCAUACUUUGAAAGGAAAAGUAUAGUUUUUACCAAAAGUCAACUUUUAAAAGAAGUGAUCAGUCAUUAUUAUGGUCAAAUGAUUAGACAAGCUUAUGUUUUACUACUAGGUUUGGAUGUUAUCGGAAACCCUUUCGGAUUAAUUGUUGGACUAAAAGAAGGAGUCGAAGCCUUUUUUUACGAGCCCUUUCAGGGCAUGGUACACGGUCCCUCUGAAUUUGCAACAGGAGUCGCUAUCGGGUGUAAAAGUUUAUUUGGUCACACAGUAGGUUCCACUGCUGGGACAUUGCAAAAAUUAACCGAUACUUUAGGUAAAGGUUUAGCGGUUUUGUCUCUCGACAAAGAAUAUCAAAUACGAAGAAUGGCAUUUCAAAGUCACCAAGAAAACAUUCAAGCAUCUAUGGCUCGAGGAGGUCGAGAUUUGGUUAUGGGAUUAUAUGAGGGAGUAACCGGAGUUGUUAAAAAACCCAUCGAAGGAGCUAGACAAGAAGGUGUUGGAGGAUUUAUAAAAGGAAUGGGAAAAGGAAUGAUGGGGUUAUUUAUGAGACCUGUUACGGGAGUGGUCGAUUUUGCUAGUACAUCCCUAAAUGUCGUAAAAAGAGCAACCGGUCCAAAUUUCGAAACUAAACAAUUAAGACCUCCGAGAUUUUUUCGAGACGAUCAAUUGGUCGAACCUUAUAAUUUAAAUGAAGCCAUUGGUAAUACAAUUUUAUAUUAUCUUUGUGCGAAAAGACGUUGCAACAAUGAUAAAUACGUUUUUCACGUAAUGUUGAAACAAAACGAAGUUGCCGUAUUUACCAACAAAAGAAUGAUUUUAGCCGAAUUAAAUGAAUUUUUCGGAACGUGGAAGGUAAAAAGAAACUAA